GUCUCUACCGGCUUUUCGCCUCCUCCGAUUGCUGAGGCUGGCCCGUGCUGCACGAUACGUGGGGGCCGCUUCGCCGCAGCUCCUGGCAUUCGUCUCGAAUGCGACGAGGACUAUGAAAACUUUAGGUUGGGUGACCCUCUUCUUGUUUGCUUUCCUUUGGAGCACAGCAGCCUGCGCGCAUUACGUCAUCGGUCAGUCACCAGUUUGGAAUGAUACUUACGAUCCCUGGCAGGAGUACGAGCCGUUCGAGGCAUUUGACAACCGCCAGUACUUCGGAACUGUUGUGCGGACUUUCCUCACUCUCUUUCAGGUCAUCACCAACUCGCAAUGGGCCAACCAUGUAGCGCGACCCGUCGUCUUCCGGUAUCCACCCAUUGCUGGAUUUCUUGGAUUCUUCCUGCUUAUCACGACAUUUGGUCUGCUGUCUUCAGUGGUGGCCAAUAUCGUGCAGGACGCCAUUGAGACUUCUAGGAUCCUCGAGGCUUCAACCCGAGAGGUUGAGCGCGAGAACAGGCAGCAGAUGGGCAUGCGUGCCCGGUUGCUGCUGCGGCUGAUGGAUGAUGAUGGUGACGGUCAGCUGGAUGAGCGCGAGAUUGAAUCAGCUCUGAAGAACGAGGAAUUUCGUGCGACGCUGCAAGAUCUCGAAGUUCCCCUCAUGGACGCGGAGAGCAUGAUGCGCCUCUUCGAUAAAGACGGAAAAGGCAGCGUGACCUUUGACUUCUUGGUGAAAGGCUUGGUCAGCAUGCUGGAUGACAUCCACGAUAAGGAUUGGACUUGUCUGGCCCUAUGGAGCGAAGGUCUUCACAUCCGCGCAGAUGUGGUGGAGAGAAAGUGCGAGCUACUGUUGCAAGGAGUCCUUCGAUUGCGUGGCCUGUUGGAAUAUUGCUUGAUGAGUCUGCAGCAGUUCAUGGAUAGCUUAGAGGCGACCACCCGACAUUACCGGGCACUGCGCUAUGUCCGUUCUGCUCCGCCACCCAUUGCCGCGUCCAUCUAUGAGGUCUUAAACAUCAAGGUGAUGGAUGAGGCGCCGAUAGAUGAAGCUGAAGCUUUCAUUGGCUUCGCUCGGCGCUACAUGGGCCCCAGUGAUCGAUUGGCUCCCCUGCCUGAACCCGCGCCGGACGUCCCGUUCCCGAAUGUUGGCAAAACGCUGACAAACCAUAAGGCUGUUCUUCCCCCAGCGCCUUGCAAGCCAGCUUUGUACAGAGCGAGAUAUCUCCAAGAGCAGGCUGCCACUGAUGCCUACAAUGCACGAUACGACGUGAACGGCACGAUGGGCGCUGAAUCAGCCGAGUUCGCGAAGCUGAAGCAGGCUUUGCAUGUUGACCCUGAGCUUCUGGAAUGA